AUGUUGAUCGUGAUCAAGACCUUGGCAAUCAGGAAGCGGCUUCCAGAAAACGUCCGCUUGUACGCCAAGGAACUGCAUGAUUACUUCAAGAUGGAGCUCGAACACCUUCUCCUUGAAGGACCAAAGAUUUAUGAAUGGGCAGGCGAACGACUUGAGACCAGGAUUCAGCAAAAGAUCGAAGACACAAUCGAGGGAUCCCGCACUGACAGAUUUGGUAUCCCUGGGUCCAUUACCUGGGACUUGAAAUUAUUGAAGUGCGGCCUGGAUCCCACAACAGACAAGAACACUUAUACUUCCUUCUGGAUUGUGCCGGAUUUCACUGCCCUCCAGACCGGUAUCGAUGAUCUUGCAUCGAAGAUGUUCAUUAACGAGAACCACUUCUGGCCCUCUGCGCUGCGGCGGCGUCUUAUCCGAGGAGUCGAGAACGCCGAGGGAACCUCUAUUGAUGGCUAUUGGUACGCAGUGAAUGGAAAGGUAGACGUGGUCUUUGAGAACAUGGGCCCACUUGGUCGCAAAGACCACAAAAAGAGGGCUGUUGACGCUUUGCUUCAUCAUUAA